CAUUGGCACUCGCCGGGUAAGCAGUCUGCCAUUCACGCGUGUAGAUAAAACUUGACACAUUUCACCAUGGGACCUAAAGUUGGCAUCAAUGGGUUUGGGCGCAUUGGACGUCUUGUCAUGCGGGCAGCUAUCGACAAGGGACUCAAUGUGGUGGCUGUCAAUGACCCUUUCAUUGAUUUAGAUUACAUGGUGUACAUGUUCAAGUAUGACUCCACCCAUGGUCGUUUCAAGGGAACAGUUGAGGCCCAGAAUGGCAAAUUGAUAAUCAACGGAAAUCCUGUGGCUGUCUAUGGAUGCCGUGACCCCAAAGAAAUUCCAUGGAAAGACACUGGAGCUACCUAUGUAGUCGAGUCCACUGGAGUCUUCACAACAAAAGAAAAGGCUUCUGCUCAUAUGUCCGGAGGUGCCACAAAGGUGAUUAUCUCUGCUCCCUCAGCAGAUGCCCCCAUGUUUGUUAUGGGGGUCAACGAGGACAAAUAUACAAAAGACUUAACAGUUGUAAGCAAUGCAUCGUGUACCACAAACUGUUUGGCUCCCGUUGCUAAGGUUAUCAAUGAUAACUUCGGUAUUUUGGAAGGCCUCAUGACCACAGUUCAUGCCUACACAGCCACACAGAAGACAGUAGAUGGACCCAGUGCCAAGGACUGGCGUGGAGGCCGCACGGCAGCUCAGAACAUCAUACCCUCCUCUACUGGAGCAGCCAAGGCUGUCGGAAAAGUUAUCCCAGAGCUCAAUGGUAAACUGACUGGCAUGGCUUUCCGUGUUCCAGUACCAGAUGUGUCUGUGGUUGACCUGACAUGCCGUUUACAGAAGGGGGCAUCCUACGAACAGAUCAAAUCUGUCGUGAAGGCUGCAGCAGAAGGACCUAUGAAGGGAGUCCUGGGAUACACAGAAGAUGAUGUUGUGUCAACAGAUUUCAUUGGCGAUGCUCACAGCAGUAUAUUUGAUGCCAAGGCUGGCAUUGCUCUCAACGAUACCUUUGUAAAACUUGUCUCCUGGUAUGACAAUGAGUAUGGUUACAGUAACCGAGUUGUGGAUCUGAUCAACCACAUGGCCCGCGUGGAUGGAUCCUAAAUCCUUUUUCUGCACAGGACAUUCUGUUUGCCAAGGAUGAGCGAGUGAACAGACCAUGCAGAAAGCUGUACAGUGUUUUGUCACUACUACUCAAUACAUCAAUAGUCGCUGUUUUGUUAGUGCUUCGUAAUUUUACUAAUAUGUGCUACUUGUUAAGGGAUUUUUUUUAAAGCAUACUAUUUUAUUUUUUGCUGAUUUCUAAUGGAUGAAAGAUUUUUCAGCAUUUUCUCCUUGAAUCAUGAUGGAUAUUUAUGCUGAAGUCAUACCACAGGUUUUCCAUCUGAAUUUAGUUUUACUUCUGUGGCAUUAUUUGAUCUAAGAAAGGUGCCUGAUUUAUUAAGUGAGUCAAACAAAUAUUGAUGUAUGAAGUUCUGUGGAAGUCAGUAACGUGGAAGUUGUCCCGGAUUUUUUUUGUGAGCUUGGAAUGUGACAGAAAGAAGGUACUAUUUAAAACCUGUGACCUUCAAGGAGGUGUGAAGUUUAGGGGUUUGUGGGAAUUUUUCUUGAUUAUCAUGUGGUAGACCCGCUUUUCUGAUGCUAAUUGUGAAAAGCAGAUUCUUGAAUGGACUGACGUCAUAUCAUCCACCAUGUGACCAGUUUCAGUACAAUGAAGUUGCUGGUGGACCGCUAAACUUUGCUCUUCCCCUGAUUUGGUAUCUCAAACAGACUUCAUCAUCCAUGUCAUUUUGUUUGUCGAAAAAUUUGGAUUGUUGCCAUACAGGUAAACACGCAGUGUUAAUAUCGAAUCCUAAAUAGUAUUUAUGUAGUGGUCUUUCGAAGUCCUGAAUUGACGCAUUAGGAACUGGAAUAUAUCUAGGAACAUAAGGGUAUCGUAAGACAAGUAUUACAUUGAUGAUAAUAUGAAAGGACAAAAUGUGAAUACAUCCCUAGAGAUUUCUUCUCGGUGAUAAAAACUAAAUAGUACACAAUGUUUGGCUAAGUUAUUAGCAAGGAUACACGAUUUAGAAACUUGUGGAGAAAUAAAUGGCUCAGACUGAA